AACAUUUUUUCCUUUCUUCGGACGGUUCGCUAUCACCUGCCAAUAUGAGAGCGUUUGUUCUGCUGUUUGUGCUGCAUGCGGUUUUUGGUCAAUAUGACUGGAAUGGACCCAUCGCCUCAACACCGCUUUCAGACCGCAGCCUAGACAUAAAUGAAAUAAUGUGCAGCAAUGACCAGGCGGCGUGCGGCUGCUGUCUGAUGCAGACACAGAUGAUGAGGAUGGAGGAGUUCUUUAACAUGACAGUCAAAGAACUUAGCCAGCAGCUGAUGACCACUAAGAUGAACCUCGACCGUAUCAAGAAGAACCGCAGCGCUUUCUCUGUCGCCCUGAACAAUGAGAGAAGCUUGACCUGCUUUGGCCCCUUCAGCGAUGACAGACCGGUCCCCUAUAAGCAUGUCUUCCUCAACCUGGGAGACAGCUACAGCAUCCAGACAGGCAUCUUCACCGUCCCCCUCUCUGGUGUCUACAGCCUGGCUGUCACCGUCUACAGCCGUUCUGCUGUCAACCUGCCCCAGGUCACCUGCGCCCUGCUGCAGGUGAACGGCGUGGACGUGGCUCCCCUCGUCGAUAAGAACGGAGCGGACAGCGAGGACAGCAGCACCGUGGUGAUCGCCAGGCACCUGAAGGCCGGCGACAAGGUGUCUGUAGUCCUGCAGAAAGGAUGCAACAUCUGCGACGACUACAACCACUACAACACCUUCACCGGCUUCCUGCUGUAUGCUGCUGCAAAAGCGUAGCCGGUGCUGCCUUGAACCCUGUUCAGUCUGAAAGCAUUGAGCUCAGCCUUUUGAUUUGUUCUGAGUUUCAUGCUACACUUUGUUUUCUUCUGUGCGCAUAAACUGCUAGCAUCAUGUUACCUGAAGGGAAAAAUAAAAUAGCUGAUAUGUGUAGCUGAGGUUUCUUGGCUGUUGUUUUUGACACUGUGAGUUACCACUGAAAUGCUUUCAUUGUUCAAAUAAAAUAAACCAAACUUCUAAACAUA